GAGGCGUGCCGUAAUUGGCUUCUAUGCAGACCAAUGAGAUGCAGCGAUUUCCCAUGCUUACCCAAUGAAGCCUUCCAAUGUUCUCACCAACCAAUGGGACUUCAAGACACUUGUCUGACUGAGGUUGCCAUUUUAGGCAGUCUGAGUCGCGCAUGUGCAAAGAGGUUACUUCAGACCGCAUCUGGAACCGCCUUCAAAGCCCAAGAUCCUGUUUCCAGGUCCUGAUCAGCUCUUCCCAGCCUCAGAGAAGCCAUGAGAGCCUGCCACAUCCAGUAUGUUCUGCUCCUCUCUUUGCUGGGCUUCUUCCCCCGCUCAGGUACUCUGACCUGUCACAAGGGAAUCAUGAUGAAACUUGGCAGUGGCUUCAGUAAGACAGCAGUUGAGUGGAAAUCAUUUGAGUCCAAGAAAGGUGAACCUAAGGAAAUAUGUCAGGAGACACUCCUGCUCAUAGAUGUAGGUAAUAAAUCUCUCCUAUUGGGGAGCAAAGGCUCCAGCAACCCUGGGGAAAAGAAGACCAAAAAUAUCCAGCUGUUUUCCAGAGGACCUGGUAUAGUGGCUGCCUCUUAUGUCCACUUCUGUGACACUGAGUUGUGCAACAACGCUAACAGCACCAGUGUCCUACUUGACCCCCUGUCACUUGCAGACUCCCCUGAGCUGGGAACCACCCAGUGUCCUGUCUGCUUGCAGUUCCAGGGUUUCUGCUCCCACAAUUCUAACUUUGUCUUCUGUCCUAAGGGCACUCAUUGUUAUACUAGUGACUUGACACUCCAGGGAGGUGAACUCAAUACCACUUUUAGCAUUGAUGGAUGCCUGCUAUCACCUGACAAAUUCUUAUUGAAAAAGCAAACUUCAAUUGGGAUUUUUUCUGCUGUGGAACUCUCUGUAUUACAGAAUGUGGAUUCACUCUCACAUAUACUUAUUCCUAGCACCCUCCUGACCUGGAUGUUAGGGCUCAGGCCUCUUCUCAGCCCUUCGUUUACAGAGAUCUGUCCUCUCUCCUGAACCCAUUUCCCAGCCAAUCUUAAUCCCUCUUGGCCACCCAUACCCAGCCCUCCUCUUACUUCAUAACCCAAAGACCUGACACUGGGCACUGUCAGCCUGCGCUGUCGGGUGCCCUCAUCCCUCACCCACACACCUCUGCCUCCUCAUGUUUAGAUAUGGGAGCCACUGAACUCACCUGGCUCCAGAGCAGACAACCACACAUUGACCACACGUGUGGAAAAAUAAAGUUGCUGUUGUUUCUACAAA